AGAGGGCGCAUAUUUCAAGGGAGGCAACUCUGAAAUAUUAAGUUGAAAGCACGAAGUUGAAGGAAAUAGAUAUUUUGUAAGCUGAUCUGCCUCACAUCUAAUCAUGGCCACCGAGAAGACAGCAGCUAAUCCCCUAGAACAGUUUGUACUUCUUGCCAAGACGGCUAAAGGGGCAGCGGCAGUGAGCCUCAUCAAGCAGGUGCUCGAUGCUCAGGGCGUGUACGUGUUCGGGGAACUACUGGACAUGCCUAACAUACAGGAGCUGUCAACAGGGCCACAUGCUCCAUAUUUCCAGGUCUUGAAUCUAUUUGCAUAUGGAACUUACAGAGAAUACAAAGCCAAUGUGGCAAUGCUCCCAGAGUUGACGGCGGGGCAGUUAACAAAACUGAGACAUUUAACAAUUGUUUCAUUAGCCACAAAAACCAAAUGCAUUCCCUAUUCAAUCCUGUUAGAAGAGUUAGAAAUACAGAAUGUUCGAACACUUGAGGAUCUGAUCAUUGAGGUAAUUUACGCUGACAUCAUCCAUGGCAAGCUGGACCAACGGAAUCAACAGCUGGAAGUGGACUACGCCAUUGGUCGAGACAUACGCUCCGAUGCAGUCCCAGAAAUCAUCACCGUACUGCAAGACUGGUGCAAUGGCUGUGAAACAGUUCUGAAGGGUAUAGAAGACCAGAUCUCCAAGGCCAACGCCAACAAGGAAAAGAACAACAAGAUCAAGGCAGAGAUUGAAACAGAGGUGGCCAACAUCAAGAAGACGCUGAAGAGCACCCAGCAGUCAGACCUGGAUGACCAGAUGGUGACAGACAGCUCCCUCUCACAGUCCGACAAACCAAAGAAAACCUCAAAGAGUAAAGGACUACGGGGAAGCAGUACCACAAAGCUAUGGAAGUGAUGUGAGCUGUGAUUAAAUUUGUGAACUUGUACAUAUUUGUGGAAAGAAAUACUAAGUGCUACAGACACUCCUCAAGCUUGAGUUAUCUCCCUGUGCCACAAACCGAUUUUCAAAUGUCCAACGCAUCACCAAUGAAGUUGUGGGAUGGAUACCAAGUACUCUGUUCAGCAUGUGGUAAUUUACUUGAAGCUUUGGAAAUGAAACGUUUCUUUUCUCUCACGGCUGUCUCUUAUUACAAUGUGCAAAGUGUCAUCGAUAUAUAUAAAAUAUAUAUCACAAGGACUUGUUUAAGUCAAUACUGAGCCAAAGAAGUUAGGGAUCAUGAAAUAUUUUUUUAUGUGGAAUAUGAAAUUGUGUGCUCAAAUCUUGACCAGGGUUUGCCCUAGCCUCUGAAAACUGUGGGUCAUUAUGACUCCUUACCUGAACUACAGGGAGUCACAUGACUUUCGAAGCGGUUCAUUUUAACAAAAUACUAAUUGAUGUUGAUUUCGUAAAGAAAUUGAUUUUAAUCUCUAAAUCAUUAUCUUGUUUCUCUAAUCAAGCUGUUAAAAUCAUGUUUUAAGUAUUUUUCUACUGUCUACGCAGUUGCUAAUAUUAUUUAUUCUUAAUGUCCAAUGUUUGUUAGAUAUUAGAUUGAUAUAGACUGAUAAGACAACUGCUCUAUAAUAUUAUAGAUCUUUACAUCAUGAUGAGACUCACAAGACUUGGUACUGUACACAAUAAAGUAUCACAACGUCUUUACUUGUGCCGUUAUGUUAACCACAAAACAAUAUCUUAAACAAUGACGAAUACAAUUGACUUGCAAACAUCAUCCUAUUUCAUUACGAAAGUCACGUUGUCAGUCACUAUAAUGCAUAUACUGAUUCUUACUGUCAAAAACCAACCACAUGUUUUUUCUUGAGCAAUCUUUCCCGAAAAGCCCCCUAAUUGUGGUUGUGUUUCAUUUGAUCAAUCUCUGGUACCUGUUAUCAGAUUGCUGAUACUGCCUCCGAAUCAAUUGUAUUCGUGUAUGUUGUAAUGUAUGGUGUAACCCAUUCUUGACAGUGACUGAUAGAAAAAGUACAACCACCCUGCUGAUCAACUAUUGAAACUUAAUUCUGAUUGGCUGCAACCAAGAGCUUUCCAUUAGGACUGUUUCAAUUUUAGAUAUUAGGUUUCCAACAUUUGAAAAAGCUGAUAUUGGUCGUAUUUAAGUGAGUGAGUGAGUGAGUAUGGUUUUACGCCGCUUUUAGCAACAUUCGAGUAAUAUCACAGCGGGGGACACCAGAAAUGGGCCUCACACAAUGUACCCAUGUCGGGAAUUGAACCCGGGUCUUCGGCGUGACAAGUGAACGCUUUAACCACUAGGCUACCCGACCGCCUCUCGUAUUUAAGUCUCAAGGGAUAUGUUCCAUCAGUAUAGUGCAACUAAUUGAUUUUGACAGUCUGAAUGAUGUUCGUCAUGACUGACGCCAUGGAGAAAUUAUAUUGCGUGUUUUCUACUUAGAUUGCGUGAAAUACUCCGGUUUUCUGCGUCAGGGCAAACCCAGGUUUUGACUACCCAAAACUACUCAUGAUCUCCUUCUUAUUUUGUUCAGUAUAAAUGACAGUAUGUGGUGCUUUGUGUACUGCAAGGAUAAAAAUAAGUGUUAUGUUCUGAUUAAAGAAAUUGUUUAUUAUUUAUGUAUUAUCUGAAAUAAUGACACAAAAAAAUAAAAGUAAAAAAUGUGC